GCCUACAAGAUCCACGGGAUCUAUCACGGAGAGGUUCCGAAGAGGGCCUAAACCCUCACAAACCCUUCCAUUCGAGUAAUGGCUGGCGGCGGCGCGGUGCCCCCGCCACCGCGGCAGCUGGAAGUUCGACGCUUCUCGUCUGACCGCGUCGGAGAACUACGGUCCCUGCACGGCGCCGUCUCAGCUCUCGUCAGCGGCCGCUUCCAGCAGCCCCGCACCGCACGCCGCCGCACCACGGGGCACCUCCCCUCCAAGCGCCGUCGCACAAGCAGAGGUGCCGCGGCGGGCCAGGCUCCCGAGGAGGGUAACCCCUCGGCGCGUCAGUCAAGGAGGGUGAGGCGCCGGCGAGAGCUUGCUGGCAACCCCGCAGAGGGGUUCUCAGUCGCCGGUGAUGGCGCGCGGCGGCUGCGCACCCACCUGUGGCAUGCAAAGAGGUUCGCCAUGGCAAGGCGGUGGGGUUUCGUCUUGCCCAUUGGCUCCCACGGGAGCGGGAGGGGUUCAAGGGCAGUUCUCAAGUGGUUGAAAAAUGGAACAAUUGUUCAUGAUGCUAGCUACUUCAUUCCGAUUCAACUAAACGGUCCAGAGGAUUCCCUAUUAACCAUUCUGGGAAUGGUUAUUUGUCCAUCUCCCGCAGAUAAAGCACCUGAUUUAAAGCACCUACAAGAUAAAGUUAUGCAAGGUGUUUGCAUUGAAAACGCUAUGCUUUGGCGUGCUGGGUGUCCCCACUCUCAUGUUGUUGGGCCAGUGACAUACAUGUGGCGGCCACUCUCAAUAGGGAGUAGCAAAUUGGAGGCCAAAGAAGCAGAUUUGUCCAAUUCUGAUACUAGAUUUAGUCAAGGAAGCUGCAGUUCAUCACAGCGCCAAUUAUGGAUAUGGAUUCAUCCUGCUAUGCUGGGUGAAGGGCUGGAUGCAAUAAGAAUUGCAUGUGACAAGCAGAUGCAAGAUUCUGGUGUUCUGGUCAACUGUUGUUCACUAGAGGGGAAAAUUGCAAGAUUGGAAGUCAUGGGAUGCAAGGCUAUGCAAUCUCUUAAGAGUAUAUUGCACCCAGUUAGUAAGGUACUUGAUACAAGUGAUAUGUCUAAACCAUUUGAUCGUUCUCUGGAUAUCUCUACUGGCACUCAUCAUUUGGAAGCAUCUUUGAUCGAUCAUGCUGAGAUUCUUCAGCCGGGUGCUAUACUGUCCAUGCAAGUUCAUGACCCCAGGGAGGUUUCAUCUGAGGUGACAGAUUCUCCUUUGGAAACAGUUAAGAAUCAGGACAACAAACUCUUGGAGGAGGGAGACCUGGUUCCAAAUGUUGAUGAGGCACCAUCCGAGGAGAGACCCAUAUUCUCAUCGAUGCAAAUGCACUCUGGAAGGCAUGAUUUGCUCCUUUCUGACUGUAGAGAAAUGUGGGAUUCUGACUGUAAGAUAAAUGCCCCAGUGGCAGAGGAGAUCCUUUGUAUGAAAAAGCACCACAGACGUAUAAAUUUUUUCUGCCUAGAUUCUGAAAAUGACCAAGUACAAGCAACUCAAGCGAAUGAUUGCUUCAGUCGAUCCUGCCCUGUUAUUCUUCUGAAACAUGCUAAAGAAAGGUGGUCCAUUAUUGUGCCUUUGAGCUGGGUAAAGCCCUUUUGGCUCUUUCUAGUAUCUCAUGGUGCACAUGCGAUUGGCUUAAGAGAGAGACGGUGGAUUGCAUCAAAGUUAAAGAUACCAUGCUUCCCUUAUGAUUACCCAGACAGCAAAGCAUAUUCAUCAUUUAUGACAGAAGAGGCUGCUGUUUUUGAUAACGCAGCUGAGUACCGUCCUGCUGCCAAGAGACCUCCAAGAGUUCCUUUACCUCCAUGGCAUUGUAUCAUGGCUAGUUUAAAUAAAGAGGGCAUGGUGAGAUGUCUUGAAGCAGAUGACUUAAAGCCUUCUGAUGCGGUGUUACCUGGGUGUUUCUCAUUAAACUCCAACUCUGGAGAUUCUUGCUCAUCACCGACAAAUGUCGUUGCAUCAUUCCAACUAUUUGUGCCAAGAACCUUUCAAAUGUUGAGACAUUAUGUGAAAGAACUUGAUAUGAUGUCUUUGAGUUCUUCAUCUGAGAUGAAAAUCGGUAUUGACGAACCCAAAUCGGCUUCUGGUGGCACUGUUAAGAUAGCAUCUCCUGUAAAUGGAUUAUGCCUUGUAAGGGUCCUGAUCCGAGCGUUCAAGGAAGGUUCCUUUGAAGAGGGUGCUGUAGUUUGCGCCCCAUUUUCAUCAGAUCUUACAGCUUGGAAAACCAGAUCAGAGGAGGAUGAGGAAGAAUGUCUAGAAAAAUGGGAAGUCCAGCUCCCGCAGUCCCAUAUCAGUGCUUAUUUUUCACGUGUGGGUCCUGGCACCAGUGACCUUGAAUGUCCCAAAGAGGACACCACAUGGAAGGCGUUGAGAUGGCCGAUAGGCUUUGUCAUGACUGGUUUCGUACAUGGAAGCACUGGGAAGGAUGGCGCGGCAGUUGCGUUCUGCGAUGCAAGGCUUCUGGCGGUCUUGCGACAAGAGCAAUGGAGUGAUGAGAGUAUGCUGGGUCAGGAGAUCUGUGUUCUUGUCAGGAACGCUAGAUCAGCAGCGUAUCGACGGGCACUUGCCACAGUUGUUCUGGAGCAGCAGGAGGAAGAUCUAGAGUUUCUGUAGUCUGCAACAUCCCAAUCUUCCAUUGUGAAGAACUUGCUGCAAGCACGGCUAUAGAACAUGGUAAUUUUGCUAGAUGCAUGAAAGUAAUUUUUGCAACAUGUCUGAGUUGUUAGACCAGUAAUCUGAUUUGCGUCUAGUGGUAAGUGGCAACACAUUGUUUGCCCCCUACGUGUGUUAUGGUUCACAGCUCGGGUCUGGACCCACAUUUUAUUGAGAAAACUGUAAAGGACAGAUCUAGUGCAUAGAAGCUCCCAUACAAGGUGGGGUCUGGAGAGGGAUUAUAGGAACUUAGUCUUAUGUCUGCUACAGUGCAAUGCAGAGAGGUUGGUUCGAACCAGGACCGUUGGCACAAGUGGGGUGUACUUCACCACUGCGCCAAGCCUGCCCUCUUUAUUGAGAAAACUGUGUGUCUCAAGAAAUGAAAAAGAAAAUUGCAUGCAUGCUACUUAUUUUUGGAAAA